GUCAGAUUAUAAUUUCUUCAAAAUUCACUCCAAUUUUACUCGUGUUGCAUCAAAACUUCAUACAGAUUUUUCGUUUAUUUAUGGUUAAAAUCCAGAUACUAUGGCCUCAGGAGGAUAUAGCGAAAAAGACUGCUCGGUUUUUGUCGGCAAUCUGGAUUCAAGAGUCACGGAGGAGAUUCUAUGGGAGCUCUUUUUACAGGCUGGCCCUUUGGAAAAUGUUCGAAUCCCAACAGACAAAAACACAGGCCAACAAAGGUCAUUUGGAUUUGUUGAAUUCUCUAGCCCAGUAUCAGUCCACUAUGCAAGCGAACUAUUAGAUGGGAUAAGGUUGUAUGACCGCGCAAUUAAUGUGAAGCCACAGAGCAAUAACCAAGAUGCAGCCAUGACACCCAACAGACAAUCACCACUACUGCUCCUCACCCCUAAGCACAAUGGCAGGCAAAAAGACCUUGAAAACUCCUUUGAAAGACCUGAGUUUAGGCGUAGUCAUUCACAACCAGGACAGUUUUGGCAGCAACCUGGAGCACAGUUUCCAUCACAUCCAGGAAUGUUUCCAUACACACCAGAAAUGGUGUCAAGAGGGCAUCCUCCUUUUGUCAGCCCGCAAUUGCCCCCAAACACCUAUCCACAAAGACAAAACUACAGAUGAUAUGUGCCUGGGGUAUAUCUUUCCUACCCAUAAAGACAAAACAAAAUAUGAUAUGUGCAUAGAUAUAUCUUCCUACAUAAGAAGAAAACAAAUUCGGGGAAUAUAAGCAAAAUCACAGAUGAUAUGAGCAUAGGGUACUGUAUAUCCCUUUACUACCCAACCAAGACCAAAGACCAAAGUUACAGUUGAUACUGUAUGUGACUAGUGCAUUUUUGUCUACUACCAACAAAGACAAAACUACUGACAAAGUGCAUUAUUAUAUCUCCUACAAAAAAAAUACAGAUGAUAUGUGAUAUUAAAUUUUUCUUUCCUACCAACCAAAGACCCAAACUUUAGAUGAUUUGCAUAUUGCAGUUUGUCAGAGUCGUAUUACAGUAAGAGAACAAGUGGAUAGAGAUGCAAUCUACUGUCAUGAAUACAUUUCUUCACAAGAAACUUCUUUGUAUUCAAAGUAUCCUUGGAAAAUCAGACCAAAAUUGAUGUGUAAUAUAGCUUUUCAUGUAUGAUUUCAUGCUUUAGCAAUGAAAUGAAACUUUAUUCUUCA